AUGACUGGCAAUGAUAUAGAGUGCUUGAUCAACGGAGAGUACUCGGUGGCGUGCCGCCGCGAUCGGGACGAGGUCUACAUGCCGUUCUCUUUUAUUCACAAGUACUUUGAGGUAUACGGCAAGAUAACAACGACAGAUGGCGAAGAGAAGUUCGAAUGGUCACACAGCUACAGCAAGAUCUACCAUCCGAAGAAGAAAUAUGACCCUCGAGGUACUUUCACUACAUUCGAAAAUUACAAUGUAGAAGUGAGGGACCGUGUGAAGUGCAUCAGUGGCAUAGAAGGCGUCCCUGUCUCCAUGCAGUGGGAGCCUCGAGGAUUCUUCUAUCCCACGCAGAUUGCGCAGUUCGGUCUAGCUCAUUACAGUAAGAAUAUCAGUGAGCCUGAACCGAGAAGACGAAUCAUCGAUGACAGCGAAAAAAAUCUUCAGAACUGGAUUGUUAGCAAAGAUGCGUAUAUGGCUAGGGAGUACGACAGCAAGUUGCAAACAAAUGUUAUAAGAUUCUCCACAUCAGACCAUGCCACUAGUCAGGUUUGGCUGAAAUUGGACAUCAGUCAGGACUUUGUGCUUAGCCUGGACCUGCUAAUGACGUCCAACUCUUCGCUGACUGUGGUGCUGCAGAAUAAAGAUAAGAGGGAGACCGUGUACUUACAUUAUGUUACUAGUCAACAAUUGAUUUAUGCACAAGAUGAGCACGUGUACUACGGCAUGGGCGUGUCCCCGCGGUGGCGGCGCGUCACCCGCGACCUCAUCAUCGACAUGCAGAAGGGAUGGGCGCUACAGGACAGACCCAAGAGGAAGUCGCCACGCACCAAGUUCAAGAUAUCGUCGUUGAUACUGAGCGGGGCGGGCAGCGUGGACAACGUGUCCGUGUCGGGCAGCGAGCACAUGGCGCAGUUCAGCGCCGCCGCGCGGUGGCUCCGAGCGCACCAGCGCCCGCGCGGCGGCUGGCCCAUACCCGUGCGCCGGCGCAUUCACGCGCGCCUCGCGGAGCUCAAGCCCGGCUGGCACUCGGCGAUGAGUCAAGGUCACGCUAUCUCUGUACUGUCACGCGCAUAUUACCGCACCGGUGACGCAUCCUAUCUGAGCGCGGCCAAGAAGGCGCUCUAUCUACUCGACGUUCCCAGCGCCUCUGGUGGAGUGAAGGCUAUGUGGAUGGACAAAUAUGUUUGGUACGAGGAGUAUCCCACGACACCUCCGCUGUUCGUCCUGAACGGUUUCAUAUACACACUGCUCGGUCUGUACGAUCUACACAUCAUCGAGGGUGACAACUCCAUUUCGUUGGCCAAGAAGAUGUUUGACGAUGGAAUGAUCUCGCUGAAGACCCUCCUACCUUUGUUCGACACCGGCAGUGGAAGCUUCUACGAUCUCAGACAUUUCACCUUAGGAGUGAGCCCCAACAUUGCCAGAUGGGAUUACCACGCCACUCACGUGAACCAGCUCUACUUACUGGCAGGGCUCGACGACGAUCCGAUAUUAAUCAACACAGCCAAGAGAUGGGAGGGAUACAUGCAGGGGAAACGGGCCGCACACAACUGA